AAUCCCGGCGGGGAAGGUCCUGUCCUGCUCCGAUCCCGGCGGGGAAGGUCCUGUCCUGCUCCGAUCCCGGCGGGGAAGGUCCUGUCCUGCUCCCGGUGCCACCCAGGGGCCGCACGGGGGACCCUCGGAGGUGUCGCUGUCACCCGCAGCUCCCACCGGCAGCUCCGCCUGGAAAUCCACGCCGGGAGCUUCAGCCCAGCCCCUGGAGGAGACCCAGGAGGUUCCCCUGGAUUGGAAAAGCCCCGUGCGGGUCCUGGGGGGGCUCAGAAAGGAUCCUGCGGGUCCCUGCUGGGGGUUCCCCCCAGGACCGGCCCCUUGCUGAAGGAAGAACAGGGAAUUCUGCUCCCCGGCUUGGGUUUCCAGGAAAAACAGGGAAUUCCUGCUGCUCGGGUUGGGUUUCCAGGAAAAACAGGGAAUCCCUGCUCCCCGGCUUGGGUUUCCAGGAAAAACAGGGAAUCCCUGCUCCCCGGCUUGGGUUUCCAAGAAAAACAGGGAAUCCCUGCUGCUCGGCUUGGAUUUCCAGGAAAAACAGGGAAUUCCUGCUCCCCGGCUUGGGUUUCCAGGAAAAACAGGGAAUUCCUGCUGCUCGGCUUGGAUUUCCAGGAAAAACAGGGAAUUCCUGCUGCUCGGCUUGGGUUUCCAGGAAAAACAGGGAAUCCCUGCUGCUCGGCUUGGGUUUCCAGGGAAAACAGGGAAUUCCUGCUGCUCGGGUUGGGUUUCCAGGCAGCUCCAGCCCUGCAGCUUCCCAAGCUCCCUGUCCUGGGCAGGGUUUGUGUCCCCUCGCUGUCCCCUCGCUGUCCCCUCGCUGUCCCCUCCCAGGGACCCACCGCUCCCUCCCCGAGCAGCCAGAGGAGGGAGGAGAAUCCAGGGGUUAAUUCCAGGUGUGGGAGAUGGGAAUUUGCGGGAUUUUUCCAUGUUUGCUCUGUCACGGCGAUUCCCCUCCAGACUUGCUGUGUCUGAGGCAGGGACAGACCCCAGCGGGGCGUCCCCGAGCUUGUCCCUUGUCCCUUGUCCCUCUCCGUGACCUUCAGGGGGUCAGGGGAGCAUCCCAGGGCUGGAAUUCCUCGGUUUUCGGUGGGAUUUGCAGGGCAGGAAGGGAACUGAGCCCCCGGGAUGGGCCGGAGCGGAGCUGGAGUGACCUGGGGAGGAUAAAUUGAAUUUUCCAGGGCUGGCAUUGAGCUGCUGGCGGGGGUGUGACAGCGGUGACAUCGGUGUGGUGGUGGCAGCUCUGCUGUGAUGGCCUGGAAGGGACUGGGGGGCCGGGGACCGGAGGUUUUGGGGCCGGAGGUUUUUGGGACCGAUGGUUUUUGGGGCCGAUGGAAUUUUCGGGGCUGUGUGAAGCCGGACUUUGAUGGUUUGAUGUGCUGGAGGUUGGUGGCUUUAAGAGAGAAGCGUUGGGCGCCUGAUUGAGUUUAAAAAAAGGGAUUUUUGGGGAAGGAAGAGCCGGCUCCGGCUCCGGGCAGGACUUUUGGGAGCAGCGCUGGAUUCUCCAUCCUCAUCCAUCCACGGACUGCGCUGGAGCCCGAGCGGACGCUGUGGAGAUGCGGGAGAGACGGAGGAGCUCCCGAAAGGGUUAAAGGGAGCCUGGAGGGAUCCCACCCUCUGCCCAAUCCCGGGAAUGCCGCGGUGCUCAGCCAGCCCCGAGCCCAUCAAAGGCUCCCCGCAGGGAAUCGCCACCCCCGGCCCGCGCUGCUCUUUGUGCCGGGGCGAUGUGGCUGCUCCGGAGCCUCGCCUGGGCUCUCCUGAGCCCCGUCCUGGCCACCGGGCUGAGCUGGCAGGAAAAUUCCCUGUUAAAAUCGCUGGGUCUGAGCGCCAAGCCCAGCCCCAAAAGGCCGGUGCCGGUGCCGCCCGUGCUCUGGAGGAUCUUCCAGAGGAGGAAGGAGCUGCCCCGGCCGCACCAAGAGCUGGAUUCCUGCAGGGUGGAGGAGUUCCAUGUCCCCGGGAACAUCGUGCGUGUCUUCGCUGACCAAGGCCGUUUCCUCCCCGAGGAGCAGCCCCAGGGGUGGCUGUGUCUGCGGAAGCUCCUGUUCUUCAACCUCUCCGUGCUGGAGGAGGGCGAGCGCUUGACCAUGGCCCAGCUGGAGCUCCGCUUCCAGCACAAUUCCUACCACUCCCCGCGGCCGGGGGAGGUUUUGGAGCUCCGGCUGUACCCGGCGAACCCCCGGGGGCAGCCCCGGCCCGGCCGGAGGCCGCUGGUGGAGCGCUCCUUUGUGCAGCUGCACAAAUCCCUCCUCUUCAAGCUGAGCGCGGCGCUGGAGGACGGGAAGAUGCCGGGCAGGAAUUUGACCUUGGUGCUGGAGAUCUCGGCGAGCUCCGGGGCCAGCGGGAGCCCGAGGAGCCUCUGCGCCGGCAGCGACGCCUUGGAGGCCACCUCGCUGCUGGUGGUGACGCUGGGCCGGCAGUGCCGGGCCCCCCGGAGGAGGAGGAGGAGCCCCCCGAGCCCCCCGGUGACCCCCAGCCCCCUGUGCAAGCCCCGCCGGCUCUACAUCAGCUUCAGCGACGUGGGCUGGGAGAACUGGAUCAUCGCCCCCCAGGGCUACCUGGCCAAUUACUGCCGCGGGGAUUGUCCCUUCCCGCUGGCAGCAGAGCUCAACAGCACCAACCACGCGGUGCUGCAGACCAUGGUGCACUCCCUGGACCCCCAGGGAACCCCCCAGCCCUGCUGCGUCCCCGUCAGGCUCUCCCCCAUCUCCAUCCUCUACUACGACAACAGCGACAACGUGGUGCUGCGGCACUACGAGGACAUGGUGGUGGAUGAGUGUGGCUGCAGGUAGAGGGGGAGUGAGGGGAUGGGGA